CAGACGUAAACUGAAUACAUCAACUGACAUCAACAUUAACAUAGUUCUUGCAAUGUUUGACAUUCACGUGCUUUGAUGUUUUUGUUUUCAUUAAUCUAACGCCGGUCUAAAUAAACAAUAAUUUUGGUAACAAAAAUGAGUCUUCCGACAGAUUUUGGACCAGAUUCUGGAGGCCGUAUGAAGGGUGUGUGCAUUGUGAAGCCCAUCGUUUAUGGAAACAUAGCAAGGUAUUUCGGAAAGAAGCGUGAAGAGGAUGGACACACUCACCAGUGGACAGUUUAUGUGAAACCUUACAAUAAUGAGGACAUGUCAGCUUAUGUAAAGAAGGUGCAUUUCAAGUUACAUGAGAGUUAUGCCAAUCAAAACCGUAUUGUGGUUAAGCCUCCUUAUGAGAUAAGUGAGACUGGCUGGGGUGAAUUUGAGAUUGUCAUAAAGAUACAUUUCAUUGAUCCAAAUGAAAGACCUGUCACCAUGUACCAUGUACUAAAACUUUUCCAUGCAGCUGGCAGCACUAUGGAUGUAACUAUAGACCAAAGCAAAGGCUUAGUUUCCGAAAACUAUGAUGAGAUUGUUUUUCAAGAUCCCACUCAAUUAAUGCAACACCUACUGACCAACACGAAACAGUUAACUUUGGAUCAAUGGGAACACAAUACUGAUUUUGAGGAGCGCAAGAAUAAGACUAUGAAAACUAUAAGCGAUAUGCGCGUGAGAGUCAGAAACGAGAUAUUAGUGCUGAAAAAUCGGCUGAAGUUAGCGAAAGAGACGAUAACUCAGUUCAAGGAAAUCGCCAAAGUGCAGGAUGGACAACAAUUUUCCAUGUAAAGUGCCCUCUCUAAUCUCCCUACAUAAUGUAUCACAUUUCCUCCUCAGUCGUUGGCCUUUUUCAAAACGGCGAAGAAUGAAUAGGAACCUUUCAAUAUCUGUAACGACACGAUCAUAUUAGAUUAAGUUAA